AUGCACGUGAACAUUUCAACCCUCGCCGUCGCGGCGGCUCUGUUCGCCACACCCCUCGUUUCUGCUCUGAGUGCCGAAAGUAUCCCGUCCGAUCUUCCUGUCUCCGAACUCCUGUCCUCGGCGCAAUCUCACCUGUCCAAGGGCGAGACAAGCGACGCCCUCCUCUACUACGAUGCCGCUGUGGCCCGCGACCCCUCCAACUACCUCACGUUCUUCAAGCGUGCCACCACCUACCUAUCGCUCGGCCGAACCUCACAGGCCACUGAAGACUACAACAGGGUACUAUCCCUGAAGCCUGAUUUCGAGGGCGCUCACAUCCAGCUCGCCAAGAUCCGCGCCCGCAGCGCCGACUGGGAGGGCGCAAAGGAACACUACAAACUGGCCAACAAGGAUGCCGCCUCGCCCGAGCUGGCGGCCCUCGACGAGGCUCAAGGGGCAGCUCAGCUGGCCCGAGGGCGCCGAGAGGGGGGCGAUUUCGAGACGUGCGUUCACCAGGCUGGAGAGGCGAUCAUGACGGCGAACCGGGCUGUGUACCUGCGCGAGCUGCGCUCGCGCUGCCGUUUCGCGCGGGGUGAGGUCGAGGAGGGCAUGGGUGAUCUGCACCACAUCCUCCAGAUGAGGCCUGGCGAUACGACCCCCCACGUUACCAUCUCGGCCAACACGUUCUACGGCCUCGACGACCUGAACAACGGCAUGGCUCAGAUCAGGAAGUGCCUGCACUCGGACCCGGAUUCGAAGCCCUGCAAGAAGAUGCUGAAGCAGCAGAAGGUCAUCGACAAGACACUGACUAAAGUCGCCAAGGCCUUUGAGAAGAACCAGCCCAUGACGGGCGUCAAGAUGUUGAUCGACAAUGGCGAAGACGCGGGUCUGAUCACCAACAUCAAGUCGCAGGUGGAGGAAACUCAAGCAGGAUGGUACCAUACCAGCGAACGCCCCAUCGGCGCUAUGAACAGCAAGAAAGACGAAGCAGUACUGCGACAACGCCCUGGCCCUGAAACGAACAAUCCUUUUACGGUCUCCUCCACCGUGCGCGCGAGCAGAUGGACAAGGAAGAAAUUCGAGGACGCCGUCCGGACGCUCGAGGAGGCCAAGAACGUCAAGCCCGAGAAGCAGAACAUUGUGCGCCCGCUCCAGCAGAAGGCGCAGAUCGCCCUCAAGCGCAGCAAGACAAAGGACUACUACAAGGUCCUCGGCGUCACCAACGACGCCGACGCGCGCCAGAUCAAGUCGGCCUACCGCAAGCUCUCCAAGCUGCACCAUCCCGACAAGGCGCACAAGCAGGGCCUCACCAAGGAGGCGGCCGAGAAGAAGAUGGCCGCCAUCAACGAGGCCUACGAGGUCCUCAGCGACCCCGAGCUCCGCGAGCGCUUCGACCGCGGCGACGACCCCAACGACCAGGAGCAGCAGCGCGGCAACCCCUUCCAAGGCAGUCCCUUCGGCCACCCGUACAUGCACCAACAAGGCCCCGGCGGCGGCGGCAGCCAGUUCAAGUUCCACUUCGGCGGCGGCGGCGGCGGCGGCUUCCCCUUCUGA